AGUCAAUAAAUCGGCACGUUUCGAAGCCUCCCACUACAUUUCCGUAUGAUCAUAAGACAUUUGAUUUAUUUCAAGCUCGGCUUCAGGGCACGAGCAUCCGUUUCAUGUUUUAUUAUUGAAUAUUUUCGUGUAUAAAAUUUUCGUGCUGUCUAGUUGACAGAUGAAGUUCGCGUUACUCCUGUUCGUGGUGGUUGACAUUGACAUGCAGUGCGCGGGAAUUUCGAGUAAAGUUUUGCGGAUGAAGUAAAUCUGCGGUGUGUCGGAGAGUCAAGAGUCGCGCGAAUGUGUGCUAAGUGAAAGUAAGGUGUGCAAUGCGGUUGUGCAGCGGCGAGGUUGCCAAGACUUGCGAGCCCUCGCGCCUCCGCGCUUGGCAAAAGACCAUAUGUGCAAGGAAUUCAACACUGUUUACUUCCGCUUGAAGUUUGCUACAGUUUAUUGUCUUAAGAGGUGUGCAAGAUAACGGUGCAAGAUGCCGUUCACGGUGAAGGAGGGUGGUUUCGCGACGUCAGACUACGUGGCGUUCGGCGUGCUGUGCGUGGCGUCAUGCGCCGGCGGCCUGUGGUACAGCGCCAUCGGCUCGCGGAAGAAGACCAUAGUCGAUAUCCGCGACUACCUGCUCGGAGGGAAGACCAUGUCCACGUUCCCCGUCGCCAUGUCGCUAAUAGCCAGCUACGUCUCAGGGGUGACGAUACUGGGGACCCCGGCGGAAAUCUACAACUACGGCACGCAGUACUGGCUGGUUGUGGUGGGGGUGACCUUGAGCUGCCUCGUGGUCUCCGUGGUCUACCUGCCCGUCUUCUGCACGCUCAGGCUGUCUUCGUCAUAUGAGUAUUUGGAGUUACGAUUCAAUCGACACGUGCGAGCAGUAGCGUCACUACUUUUUUUAUUGGAUGAGGUUUUGUUCCUUCCUAUGAUAGUGUAUGUUCCUGCAUUAGCAUUUAAUCAAUUGACGGGAUUCAAUGUGUAUGCUGUGGGUGGUGUUAUGGUGUUGAUAUGUGGAUUUUACACAGCAUUGGGUGGUCUCCGGGCAGUGGUGUGGACAGACUCGAUGCAGACGGGCGUGAUGUUUAUCGGCGUGAUACUAGUGGCAGCGGCGGGGACCGUCGCCGUCGGUGGAGUCAGGACCAUAUUCGAAGUCAGCGCCGAGAACGGCAGGCUCGACUUGUCUAAUUGGAACUUCUCCCCGUACGAGCGUCAGACGGGUUGGGGCGCGGUGUUUGGCGGCAUGAUGUACUGGAUUUGCUUCAACUCCGUCAACCAGACAAUGGUGCAGCGGUACCUCUCACUUCCCACCAAGAGGAAAGCCAUUUCAGCUUUGGCGAUAUUCUGUUGUGGAGCCAUCAUGGCGAUAUCGCUAUGCGUGUGGUGUGGGUUGGCCGCAUGGACCGCAUGGGUUACUACUGGUUGCACGCCCUCGGGGGCUCCUAUCGUUGCCGACCGGCUGCUACCAGCGUUCGUCACUUACGUCUCCAGGGUACAGAAGUUACCUGGGCUACCUGGUGUUUUCUUGGCUGGAGUAUUCGGGGCUGGAUUGAGUUCCCUAUCAGCAGUGCUAAACGCAUGCGCGCUUGUUUGCGUGGAGGAUAUAAUGCGCGGCUGGCUGCGGCUGCGCCUGAAGCCGCUUGUGGAGGGAAUCCUCGCGCGGUUGUUCACCGUCGUCCUCGCCGUCGUGUCUGUCAUAAUGCUCGUCGUCGUCUCCAAGCUCGGUGGAGUGCUCGGUGUAGCAACAGCGUUGUCAGCAAUCGCAGCGAGUACCACCUGCGGCAUCUUCACUCUGGGGAUGGUGUGCUGGUGGGUGGGCCCUCGAGGGGCCAUCGCGGGAGCCCUAGCGGGGGCCCUAGUGGCCGGCACCGUCUCAUUAGGGACCCAAGCCGCCGCCGCCAAAGGCCUCAGAGCACCAGCCAUGCCGUUCAACACCACUUGCGCUGCCAACGCUACGUUCAAAUACUCUACAAAUAUAGACCCAGAGACAAUAUUCCCGCUGUUUCGCGUGUCAUACCACUGGAUAGCGCCGCUUGGUCUUAUUGCGACGCUGACAGUGGGUGCUCUAGUGGGCUGGCUAUUUGACAAAAUGGAGGGGGGAAGGAAAAUGGACGCUGAGCUGUUCACCCCAGUCAUCUGGCGGUUGCUGCCUGCGGAUGCCCAUGCGCAUGCUGGCAUGGUCAGACAAGCACUCGCCGCCAAGGAGGCGCGCCGUGCCCCGACUUCACCACUUAUAAUCACAGCCAAUGAUAAGAUCGAAAUGAACGGCGAAGUCAGUAGGUGAGGCGAUCACGUCUGUUGUUGUGAUUUGAUAGUUAUUUUUGAGACUAAGAAAAUGGUGAUGAUUUAGAUAAAUAUAAAGUUAUAAGUUAAUAAAGUAUAUUUUUGUCAUUAUAUAUUUUAGGCGAUUUUGUGAUUGAGAUCUUUGUCUACAAUUAUUUACUGCGAUAACUGAAUUAUAAGGCAGAACUUAUGAAAGUAAUAAAAAAACAUGAAAUAUAGUA